AUGAAUUUUCCUGACAUCAGUUUGUGGUACAGUCCAGCUGCUGUUUCUGCCUGUGAUUUCCUAUACCCAUACUCAUCAUCUUCCGAAUCUUCAUCACUUCCACCGGGAUUGUUUGCCACAUCUGUCAGGGUUGUGAGGACAACGUAACAUCAAAUCUUUCAGAUAUAACAUCAAAGCUUCGUAUUUGCAUCCCCAACGAACAUCGAUUUGCUGCGUAAUAUGUUUAACUUGUUUGCUAGGAUACAUUUCUCUAUGUAGUAUACAAUUUCUUGAUAAAUACAAAAAUAAUGUUUGUAUAUAUUAUAUAGGCCAUGUAUGUUUCCUGUAAGAAACAUGAACUGUUAUUAUUAUUUACUAUUAGUAUAUUAGUUAUUUAAAUAUUGUUUAGGAUUCUGGGGCCUCAGAUGAGAGUUUUCAACCACCCCAAAGGAAACGUAGCAGAGUAAGAGGACAAUCUAAUCAGCAUAGGGCAGGAUGUGCAAGCACUUCAAGAGGUACAAGGGCUUCUGGAGGUGAAACUACAACCAGCCGUGGAACAUCCAGACGGGGAAGAGGACGUGGCAGAUUAUUAGCUGAAGAAAAUUCAGAAGAAAGACAGGCUCAACAUGAGGAGCAAAUUCUGGUAAAUAUAUUUUUCUUGCAUGGCAAAUAAUAAUAUAAGUUUUGAUGUGUUAACACCACAUUAUAUUAUUUUAUUGCAAAUUUUUUGGUAGUACACAAAGUAUGCAUGAAAUGGUGUUUCCACAAAAUAAAAAUUAUAUUUUGUGCAAUUCUCAUGUCAUUAUGCUAAAUUGUAUAUUUUUUCUAUUUCAUAUAUUCUGUAAUUUAAAAUAUACAAUAUGAGACAGAAGUAGAAAAUACAUAUUUGUUACUGUCGAUGCAACAGAAGUGUUGAUAAAAUAUUCUAUCAAUUCAUUACCGAAAGUUGAUCAAUUCAUUUGCUUAAAAAUUGCUCAACUUCCUGUUUACUGGCUGGAGUGGCUGCUUGUUACCAAUGGUCAAUAAGUCACUGAAAUGAAAAGGAUCGAUUCAUGCACACAGGAAAUUGAUCAAUUUUUCAAGGUAAUGAAUUAAUGUAAUAUUUUAUCAACACUAUUGCAUUGACAGUAAAAAUAUUAUAGACUAGAAAAUAUUUUUAAUAGAGCCAAAAACAAUUGGUUUUAACAAAACUUUGUUUUCUGCCUGGAAUAUCAAUUGCUACUAACAGUUAAAAUACAUUAUUAUACAUAUUUCUUUAGGAAUUAAUAAAUGGUCUAAACGAAGAAACAGUUAGACGUCUGGCUGUUGAAUUGUUAAGACGCCAAACUGCAGUGUUUGCUGACUUAGUAAAUGGCGAGUUACCAAACAAUGUUAACACAGAUACACCAGGAGAAACAGGGCCCCCAGAAAGCAGCGAUUCACCUGAUUGGUGCAAGUGUGGUUUGUGUGUAGCCACGCCAACUCAAGCGGAAAAUAAAUGCUGCACACAAGUUGUCCAAGAAUGCAUAACAAUAGACCCAUUAUUCCAUCAAAUUGUAUUAGACGGAAAUAUUUUAGAUGUGGCAAUGAGGUAUAUGGAGGACAUGUUGGCAAUGGAAAAUCCACGAAAUAAUGAGAACUUCAGGCAUGCUGCAUAUAGACAAUUUGUUCUUUGGCAGCAUGGGAGACUUGGGCAAGGCAACAGGCGAGUAG